GUGUCUUGUUUAACCAUGGUGGAAAUUAGUGUUCGAAGAAUCCUUCUUUUGGUUGUUUCUCUGGCCAAGUGUCUGGAAGGUACAAAGCUGCUGGCUCACCUCAAAAAGUGUGGUGACUUGGAAUGUGAAACUUUAAUCAGCAGAGUCUUAGCCCUGAGAGACCACACAGGACCUGACUGCCAGUACCUGAACUUCACUAAGGGUGACGAGAUAUCUGUUUAUGUCAAACUUUCAGGAGAGAGAGAAGAUCUGUGGGCAGGAAGUAAAGGAAAGGACUUUGGAUUUUUUCCCAGAGAUGCAGUCCAGAUUGAAGAGGUGUUCAUAUCUGAAGAAGUCGAAAUGCCAACUAAAGAAUCUGACUUUCUUUGUCUGCUUGGAGAAGGCUACAUAUUUGGAAGUGAACAUAGUGAGUUAAACAGCGAGGGUGAUGGAAAUAUGUACCCAUCUGAAGAAGAUGAAGACCAAGAAUAUAAUAUAUAUGAAAGUGAUUUUCAGCUAGAACCUGACUUUUAUGCAGCUUCUGAAGGGACUUUGUUUGAAGACCAAAUUUCAGCCUCAGAAGCUGGUGAAGAGUUCAGGGUUUCCAGUGAGUCUGCGGACUGGGAUGAGACUGGACAUGUGGGCAAUGGGGAGCAGGGUUACACUCCUGACCUGGACCAUGCCUUGCCAUCCCUAAGUACGUCUGAAACGCAAGGAUGGUUUGGACUGGGGAAAGAAGAAGCCAAAGAGAAGGCUUUUGAAGCAGAUACUGACCCCACACAAGAAAGCUCAUUUCAAAGUAGAAAAUUAACAGUGGAAGAGAAUGACUUAGAGAAAUUAAACAAUGGUGAACCCCAAAUGGAACUUGAGCAAGAUCCAAAACCACAGUUUGAUUCAGAGACACCAGAAUUCAGUCCAGUGCCAGAGGAGCAGUAUGAACUUGUGUCUGAGUCGGAGAACAGCCUUAAGCCUCAAGCCACUGGCUGGUUUGAUAGUGGAUUUACAAGGCUUUUAGGUUUUGGAGAGGAGGAUGCAGGACUUGAGUUAUUGUCCAAAGAAAGUAAUCCGCCUUUACAAGAUGUUCUGGAUUCUGUUUCACCUGAUGAAGAAGCCCCAGCUCCAUUCAGAGAAAUGUCAGCAGACAAGGAAGAUACAGUCAUUAAUGACAACUCAACUCCUGGUCCGUCUUGGUUUGACUUUAGUUUUGGUAUGCUAGGCCUUGCAUAUGCUGAUGAAGACAAAAGGAUUUCAGACAACAGGAAGCGUGAAGAUGGAGAGGUAGAUAAUUACAAACAUCCGGUAGCAGAUGACAUUGACCCCGGAAAGGAACAAGAAAGGGGAAUGAUAACAGUCGUGGAAACAGAAGAUCAGGUAGGUAAGGAAAGGGCCCUGGAGAAGAGAGAUGAUUCCGAUUCUAUGCAAUAUCUCAAGAAGUUCUUCCAUAACCCUUGGAGCUUCCAGAGUCUCCCAGAGGACCCAGAAUUACCGUUGUCCACACAGAUGCUGGAUCAAGAUAACAGAGCAGAAAAUGACAAAACUGAAAGACUUUCCACUGAAAAUUCUGCCACAGAGAGCAUGAAAGAUCCCGUGACGCUGGAGGACAGAUACAGCCUGUCAGAUAUGACCUCUGAAGUAGAGUUACCUUUGAGAGUCCAUGAAGGAAUACAUUUCAAAACCUCAUCUUCAAAAAGGAGUGAGGAAGAUUCAGAGUCAUGGGUGGACUCUGAAGGGCCUGCUGUGGCAGAAACUGACAUGUCUGUGGAAGGUGCCUUGCUCCAUAGUCAGCUGGUUUCUCAAAAAGAAGAAAUUAGAUUCAGAAAUUAUAUACCGAAACAUGAUGCAGAGUUUCAGAUUCUGAAGUAUUUAUUUCAAAUCGACAUCUACGGAUUCAUGAAUCUUGCUUUUUCAUCAACUGAAAUUCUUAUAGAAAGGGUUGUGGCAGCACUGCCGGAAGAUAUGACAGCAAGCUUUGAUUCUAGUGGGGCAUCAUUCCAAUUGGUGAUAUGUGUGCUUACUCUUGGACUGCUUGCUGUUUUUUUACUUCUUUGGAGAGGCUUCCGAUCAAUUCAAAGCCGAUUUUAUGUGGGUAAAGAGAAAAGACUUGCUCUUGAACUUUCUGUGCUAAUGGAAGAGAAAUGUAAACUACUUGAAAAAGUGAGCCUUGCUCAAAAGGAGUAUGAAGGCUUAGAGUCAUCUUUAAAGGAGGCCAACUUUGACAAGGCGCCAACAGAAGCACAGAGUUUGGAGGUAACCUAUGAAAAUCUAGAAAGAGAUAAAUCUAAACUUGAAGAUGAAAUACUACUUUUAGAGAAGAAACUAGAAGAAGAGAGAGCUAAGCAUAAUGAACAGAAUGAAUUGAUGACAGACAUUUCAAAAAGUAUACAAUCUCUAGAAGAUGAAUCAAAGUCUGUCAAGACACAAGUAGCUGAAGCCAAAACUACCCUGAGAAUAUUUGAAAUAAAUGAAGAACGACUUCAGGGAAUAAUAAAAGAUACCUUGAAUGAAAAUUCUCAACUUCAGGAAAGCCAGAAGGAGCUUUUACAGGAAGCUGAAGUUAUGAAAGAACAAGCUGACCAACUGAAUAAUCAGAAAGUAACAUUUGAAGAAUCCAAAGUACAGGCAGAGCAAGUCCUAAAUGAUAAAGAAAAUCAGAUCAAG